AUGACACUACACUUCGGUUUCGUGGCAGCUGCCGUUGCAGCGGUGCUCAUUUUUACUUGGAUCAGACGGAUCUAUGAUCAAGAUAAAGUCGAACGGCUACUUGCCCACGUUCCUACUCAUGUCUUCGCGGAUGGGAACAACUCACGUGCACGAUACAUUUCCGACCUGAGAACUCUCCUCGAGUCUGGGUACCGGAAGUACAACAAAAGGGACCAAGCUUUCAAGAUUUCUAUCCCUAUCGGAGGAUAUUCAGUCAAGUAUCGGGUUGUUCUUCCCAAGAACCAUCUGGAAGAAGUUAAGCAUCUAUCCAACAAUGUCUUCAGCUGGCAGCUUGCCUCACGCGUCAUCUUUGCCCAAGACUUCACUGGCGCUCCUGACCGCGGUGCCUGGUCUGGAAAAGCCCUCCGAGUCGGAAUACACCAAAAUUUGGACGGCAUCACAUCUCAACUCGAUGCGAGGAUCAACCGACACUACGAAUUGAAUCUCCCACAAAAUAAAGGUCAAUCUGCCACCAUCAACAUGAUGGCUUUCUUCGUUCCGACGGUCACGUUCGUCACCAACGCGGUCUUGGUCGACUCAAGGUUGUCUUCCGACCCAGAGUGGCUUCAAAGGACUGCCGAGUUCGCUGUGAACCGGUACGGCGCGGCCGAUGAUGUCCGAAGUUGGCCUCCGUAUCUUGCUGGCCUGGUUGCUCCUUUUAUUCCUUCAGUGAGAAGACUACAAGAACAGAGGAAGUAUGUCAUGCGAACCUUGAAACCGGUAUAUGAGGAGCUGAAUGCAAAAUCCCAGUUGUCUGAUAACGACAAGGCUGAACGCCGAAAAGGCAUGUUUGGAUACGAAUGGCUCUGGAGUGGAAGCCCCAACGAUGUCACACUUCUAGACUUUUCAGACACUAUGAUGAGAACCUUGAUUGCAGCAAUUCAUACUACAGCGAAAACAAUCAGCGUCGCCUUUGUUGACCUCCUAGCGCAGCCUGAGCUUCUCACGGACCUAGUACAGGAAGCCAAGGACGCGAUCGACCCCGACGGUCAGAACAUCGACUUGAAUAAGCUGAUCAAGCUGGACUGUUUCUUGAAAGAAUCACAACGCCUUAGUCCUGUCUUUCUAUGUGAGUAA